UUAGUCAUUUAAGUUCGUUCGGUUGGUGAACAGCAGAGCGCACUGCGAGAAAAUCUACAACAAUAUUGGCAUUAGUUUCAAAAUAACAAAAACAACAAUAUUCCCAAAUACGAUACCUCCCCGCUGCUCCUCCUCAAGAUCUAAAUAGACCAGAGAGCUCUACACUAAGUACCACAAGCGUGAACACAAUGUGCCUGUCGACGCCCACGCCCAGUAAGCCCAACGUCAACGGCGACUCCGUUGCAGGGCAGAGCAACGGCGGGGCCUGCAGCCUGGGUGCGAUGUGCCAGGACAAUCAGCUGAAAAACAGGAAAGCCCCAGCCACAGAUGCUAAACAGACCAAAGAGUUAGAUGAUGAUAAUUUAGGAUAUAGCGAGGAGAAUGCUGUCUACAAGGAGAAUGCGGAAAAGACAUUGAAGCUGGUCGAGGAGCAGCAACAGGAGCAGAUGUCGAACAGUGACGAGGUCGUCUACAAGCCCCAGAUCAGAUGGCCUGAUCUGGGUGCCCAAACAUUCCUGCACGUUGGCGCCCUCUAUGGCCUGUACCUGCUUUUUAGCGCCAAGUUCUACACAUUCCUAUGGGUUGUUGGCUGCAUUUGGGUAUCGGGCAUUGGCAUUACGGCGGGUGCGCAUCGUCUCUGGUCUCACAAGUCCUACACAGCAUCGCUAUUCCUGCGCAUAUUGCUGGCGUUUAUGUUCUCCAUAGCGGGACAGCGCGAUGCUUACACGUGGGCCUUGGAUCACAGAAUACAUCACAAGUUCUCAGAGACGGAUGCGGAUCCGCAUAAUGCCAAGCGCGGGUUUUUCUUUGCCCACGUUGGCUGGCUGUUUCUGACCCCACACCCGAAGGUGAUUGAGAAACGCAAGGUGAUUGACAUGUCGGAUCUGGAGGCGGAUGCGGUGGUCAUGUUUCAGCGCAAAUACUAUAUACCCUUGUUCGCACUCUGCUCAAUUGUGUUGCCCGUGCUGGUGCCCUGGUACUUCUGGCAGGAGGACCUAUGGAUGUCCUUCUGGAUAAACUUCAAUAUGCGCUUCACCUGGACGCUAAAUGUGGCCUUCUUUGUGAACAGCGUGGCUCACAUGUACGGCAAUAAACCGUAUGACAAAAACAUUACACCCGUGGAGGCACCCGUUGUCUCGUUUCUGGCCAUGGGCGAGGGAUGGCACAACUAUCAUCAUGUAUUUCCCUGGGACUACAAGACGGGCGAAUUCGGCAACUACACUUUGAAUGUGACCACGGCCUUCAUAGACUUCUGUGCACGCAUCGGCAUAGCCAGCGGACGCAAAUCGGUCUCACCGGAUAUGGUGAAGCGACGCGCCGCCAAGUGCGGCGAUGGUACGCGUUUCCUCAGCGACGAGUACGCGCACAAGAAUCAAGUUUGGGGCUUUGGGGAUCGCGACUUGCCACGCGAGGAUCUCGCCGAGUUGGCCAAGAUGCAGAAUUGAGCCCUGUGGCACUUAGUGAUGCUAUGGUAUUAGCACUUAUUCGCCUGUGUUUUGUUGUAAAUCCUAAGUUAUUAGAUAAGCCUCCUCCCAAUAUCCAACCCACAAUACUACAGAUGUAAACUACACUGCUUGCCCUUGUAGUCGCUUGUGUUACGUUUUAAGAGAAUGACAUGAACAUAUUAAAAUCAGCCCAAGCUGUUGUUGCCUUUGA